AUGCGCGAGCUCGGCCGUGGGGGCUCAUUCGUGGCGGCCACCAUAGCGGCGUUACACAAUCGCUCUGCGGCUGACGGUAAAUUACAAGCCUUCAAAUCGCUUUCGACCGUCACGGAGUCAAGAAACGUUUUAAGAAUCUCAAACGAAGAUAUAUUUGCUGACGACUAUUCGCGAAGAACAUCCGGUGCCAGUGAACGUCCCCGAUCUACGGCCUCGGAAGCUUCGGGGCGCGACUCCGCAUCGGUUCAAUCCAGUGACGAACCACCUCCUCACGAAAGCGGCGACUCGGAUAGCCCCGAUGAGGCAACAGUGAAAUGCAGGACUUGGACAGACGGUACGCUGGCUCCACCUCAGGCAGACUCUUCCGAUAGUGAUUCCAGCACCACAAGCGAUGAAGAUUCGGAGGAGCGCGAGUAUGAAACAGGCGGUGGUGAUGCUGAUUAUCGCACGCUUACGCCGAAUAAACGUCUAGACAAUUCAACUCGUUGCGAUAAUGAUUUCAAGUGGAUGUCAAACGGGGAUAUAAUGGAAGAGGGAACUGAGGCUGCUUCAUUGGGCACGCGCCCAGAUGAAUACAAUUCAACCAGCUUAGAUAGGAGACGCCGCAUGCCGGGAGAUCGUAAUGAACGUGAUAGAAAAUCUAGGUCGUCGCUGACAGCGAAGCCCCCGCAUCACCCGUCUAGUGUACGUGCCUCACCACGUCCGCGUCGCACGAGGAACGAAGAAACUCCUCCCGACUUGCAACGGCGAUGGAACUCUUAUGAACAUUUUCGCUGGCCCGAUGGCGGUUGGUGGCCUCCGAUAUGCUGGUGUCACGGGCCGCCCGCACCACCUCCCUGCUGUAUGCACGACCGCGCUUGGCCCUCACACCCCUCGCUCCCGCCGAUGCCACCACGAAGUUGUAAGAACGAUGCAGAGGAUCGUGUGCGAAGGUUGGAGGCAGACAAGGAGAGUCUGCAGCUACAGGUGCAGGUUCUGUCUGAACAAAUUGCAGCACAGACCGAGAAGAUGGCGGACUUAGAACGAUCACUUCACGACACGCGACAGAAACUGGACGAUACAGAGCAAAGAUUACAGAAGGAAAUGCUUCAACGUUCAUCACUGGAGACGCAAAAGUUAGAACUAUUGUCAAAACUUAGCGAAGUCCGACUUCGAGUAGUAGAGCGUGGUGUUCUAGAACGGUCGCCACCUCCGGAUGCAAUGCCAUUGACACGCCCAGCACCACCAAGGACACCGCCAGCGAACUACGGGCGUCAGAUCGAACGCAACACGCACCUGUACUCGUCUCUGCCGCGCUCCUCGGUGGUGACGUCAGAGGCGCGCGUCGCGUUCGGUAAACAGAACAACAUGGUGGUGGCGCGCGGCCGCGGACAAUCGGUGCCCAAUCUAGCGGAGAAGGAGGAGGCGAUUCCUCGUGGCAGCCCGUCGCCGUCGCUGCGGGAGGUGCGUGCGCGCCUGGGCAGCGGCGCCGUGCGCCUCGAGGGCGGCCACCUGCGCGCCUCGCUGCGCGCCGCGCCGCGCGCCCGCGCACUCCCCGCGCCCUGGCAAACAACAGACGUGCGCGAAUGGGACUGCGAGACGACUUGCGGAUGGCUAGAAAGCCUCGGACUGGAAACAUACGUAGCGGCCGCGCGAACCUGGCUUGGUGCUACACCCGACGCUAAAGGAGUUAUAGCGAGCGCUUCUCACAAUACCAUCGAAAAGGAAUUGGCUAUAAAACAUCCGAUGCACAAGAAGAAAAUUUUACUCGCUAUUACAGAUUUACUGGGUGGGCACGGAGAUCCAUUGCUGACGGCGGCGGGGCGUUUGGACACCGCGUGGGCCCUGCGUUGGCUGGAGGACGUGGGCGUGUGCGGGGCGCGCGGCGCGGCGGCCGACGCGGCGCUGGACGGCCGCCUGCUGCACCGCCUGGCGCACGCCGAGCUGCACGCGCACCUGCGCGUGGCGCACGCGCUGCACGCGCUCUCCAUCAGGCGAGGCAUCCAAGUACUUCGGGAUAACCAGUUCAACCCUGAAACCAUGAUCAGACGCGCAGUUGAAGUGGAAACUCGGCAAACGAGCGGCGACGGGGAGUCGGAGGGCGAGGGAGCCGGCGUGGCGGAGCUGGCGCGCUGGUCGUCGCACCGCGUCAUGCAGUGGCUGCAGGAGAUCGACCUCGCGGAGUACGCGCCCAACCUGCGCGGCGCCGGAGUACACGGCGGACUAAUGUUGCUGGAGCCGCGAUUCACGGCAGAACUCUUGGCGGCUUUGCUCAACAUACCGGCGAAUAAGACUCUAUUGCGACGGCAUCUCACACAAAGAUUCAAUGAUUUGCUCGGGAGGGAAGUUAUACAGCAGAAACGAAAUGCUGAACAAACACUCGGCUACCAGCCUCUCACAGCUACUACCAAAUACAAAGUACCAAAGAAGAGCCAGUUCUCGCUGAAGCGCAAGAAGAGCCGCGAGGAGCUGGAGCUGGGCGAGCUGGUGUGCCCGCUGCGCGACGACGCCUCAGGUGACGCGGCGGCCCCGCCCCCGCCCCCGCCCCCGACUCACUAA